AUGCCUAAUCUUACCUUCAUCGUCGGGGACAAACCACUGUUAUUGACUCCUGCUCAAUAUGCUUAUUCUCGAAUUGAUUCAUCAAAUGAUAACAGUGAAAUAUGUCAUCUUCAUAUUUAUGGUUACUUUAAAGGCAUCGCAAACGAUGAUCCUCAGUGGAUUUUGGGCGGUGUAUUUAUGAGUCAUUACUACACAACUUUCGACUUUGGCAAAAGACGUAUUGGCUUUGCUAAAUCAGUCGUUUAUCUUAAGUAA